AGGCAAAAGCGGGCGGUGCGCGGACGGCCGGUCGGCGCCGCGCGGAGCUGGCAGCAGGAUUGGUUGCGGCACUCGCGUGUCAGGCGGUUGCUAGGCUCCGGCCGCGCGCCCCGCCCUCGCGCUCAGCGCCCUCUCACCGCCCGGGUCUCUGCUCUUCAGGAAGAUAAAGCUUUUAAAGCAGCCUUGCACUAGAAAGCUCUGGGUGCUCUGGGAUGGAGCAGGUGUGCAGAGGGUGAGGACCCAGCUCUGGGACCACGUCGCUCUCUUCCUUCCUUAGAGAGAUCACUGGCUUGAGCAUACUCGGGCCCAGGACGAGGAUGUCUGGGAGCCUCUUGCUGCUGCCCCCACUCUGGGGGAGGACCUUUCUCCUUCUGCUCUUGGUGGCCUUGGCUCAGUCCCGCUGGCCCAGUGAACCCUCGGAGACCGUCAGGGAUUGGGAGAACCAGCUCGAGGCGUCCAUGCACUCAGUGCUCUCAGACCUCCGUGAGGCUGUUCCCACAGUGGUUGGCAUUCCUGAUGGCACGGCUGUUGUUGGACGCUCAUUUCGAGUGACCAUUCCAACAGAUUUAAUUGCCUCCAAUGGAGAAGUUAUCAAGGUAUCGGCGGCAGGGAAGGAGACCUUGCCAUCCUGGCUGCACUGGGACCCAAAGAGCCACGCCCUGGAGGGCCUUCCCCUGGACACUGACAAGGGUGUGCACUACAUCUCGGUGAGUGCUGCACGGCUAGGGGCCAACGGGAGCCACAUCCCCCAGAGCUCCAGCGUGUUCUCCAUUGAGGUCUACCCUGAAGACCACAGCGAGCCACAGUCUGUGCGGGCGGCAUCACCAGAACCUGGCGAGGUGGUGUCAUCUACCUGUGCUGCCGAUGAGCCUCUGACUGUCCUGACAGUGAUUCUGGAUGCCGACCUCACCAAGAUGACCCCAAAGCAAAGGAUUGACCUCCUGCACAGCAUGCAGAGCUUCUCAGGAGUGGAGCUUCACAACAUGAAGUUGGUGCCAGUGGUGAAUAACAGACUGUUUGACAUGUCAGCCUUCAUGGCUGGCCCAGGAAAUGCAAAAAAGGUGGUGGAGAAUGGGGCCCUGCUCUCCUGGAGGCUGGGCUGUUCCCUGAACCAGAACAGUGUGCCUGACAUCCGUGGGGUAGAGGCCCCUGCCAGGGAGGGCACCAUGUCUGCCCAGCUUGGCUAUCCUGUGGUGGGUUGGCACAUUGCCAACAAGAAGCCCCCUCUCCCCAAACGCCUCAGGAGGCAGAUACAUGCCACACCCACCCCUGUGACUGCCAUUGGUCCCCCAACCACAGCCAUCCAGGAGCCACCUUCCAGGAUCGUGCCUACACCCACAUCUCCAGCUAUAGCUCCACCAACAGACACCAUGGCUCCUCCAGUCAGGGAUCCUGUUCCUGGGAAGCCCACAGUCACCAUUAGGACUCGAGGUGCCAUCGUUCAGACCCCAACCCUAGGCCCUAUCCAGCCCACUCGAGUGUCAGAAGCCAGCAUCACGGUUUCUGGCCAGAUCCGCCCAACAAUGACCAUUCCUGGCUAUGUGGAGCCCACAGCAGUUGCUACCCCGCCCACAACCACCACUAAAAAGCCACGAGUAUCCACCCCAAAACCAGCCAUGCCUUCAACUGACUCCUCAACCACCACAACUCGCAGGCCGACCAAGAAGCCACGGACAUCCCGACCAGUGUCCCGGGUCACCACCAAAACUUCCAUCACCAGAUUGGAAACAGCCUCCCCACCCACUCGCAUCCGUACCACUACCAGUGGGGUGCCCCGGGGAGGAGAGCCCAACCAGGCGCCAGAGCUCAAGAACCAUAUUGACAGGGUAGAUGCCUGGGUUGGUACCUACUUUGAGGUGAAAAUCCCGCCAGACACAUUCUACGACAAGGAGGACACCACCACUGACAAGCUGAAGCUGACCCUGAAGCUGCGGGAGCAGCAGCUGGUGGGUGAGAGGUCCUGGGUACAGUUCAACAGCAACAGCCAGCUCAUGUACGGCCUGCCUGACAGCAGCCACGUGGGCAAGCAUGAGUAUUUCAUGCACGCCACAGACAAAGGGGGCCUCUCGGCUGUGGAUGCCUUCGAGAUCCAUGUCCACAAACGCCCUCAAGGGGACAGGGCUCCUGCGCGGUUCAGUGCCAAAUUUGUGGGCGACCCAGCACCAGUGGUGAAUGACAUCCACAAGAGGAUUGCCCUGGUGAAGAAGCUGGCUUUUGCUUUUGGGGACCGCAACUGCAGCACCAUCACCCUGCAGAAUAUCACCCGGGGCUCCAUUGUGGUGGAAUGGACCAACAACACACUGCCCCUGGAGCCCUGCCCCAAGGAGCAGAUCACAGGGCUGAGCCGCAGGAUCGCCGAGGAUGACGGGAAGCCGCGGCUAGCUUUCUCCAAUGCCCUGGAACCCGACUACAAGGCCUUGAGUGUUGCUGUGAUGGGCUCAGGCAGCUGCCGGCAUCUGCAGUUUAUCCCUGUGGCAUCACCCAGGAAGGUGCCUUCAGAGGCACCGCCCACAGAGGUGCCGGACAGGGACCCUGAGAAGAGCAGUGAGGAUGACGUCUACCUGCACACGGUCAUUCCAGCUGUGGUGGUUGCAGCCAUCCUGCUCAUCGCCGGCAUCAUUGCAAUGAUCUGCUACCGCAAGAAGCGGAAGGGCAAGCUCACACUGGAGGACCAGGCCACCUUCAUCAAGAAGGGCGUGCCCAUCAUCUUUGCGGAUGAGCUGGAUGACUCCAAGCCCCCACCCUCCUCCAGCAUGCCACUCAUCCUGCAGGAGGAGAAAGCCCCCCUGCCCCCUCCCGAGUACCCCAACCAGAGCGUGCCCGAGACCACUCCUCUGAAUCAGGACACUGUGGGAGAGUACACACCCCUGCGAGAUGAGGAUCCCAACGCGCCUCCCUACCAGCCCCCUCCGCCCUUCACAGCCCCCAUGGAGGGCAAGGGCUCCCGUCCCAAGAACAUGACCCCAUACCGGUCACCCCCUCCCUAUGUCCCCCCUUAACCCACAAGCGCCUGGGUGGAGGCAGGGGUAGGGCAAGGGCCUGGAGACAACAUGCUGUUGUCUGUGGAAACCGGUGGCCUGCAGACCAUCGCCCACCGGAAGCCAACACCCGACCUAGCACACACAGACACACGUGGGGCCUGGACAAGCCCGCCCUCUCUGGUCCUCCUAAACCCCAAAGCAGCUGGAGAGACUUUGGGGACUUUUUUAUUUUUAUUUUUUGCCUAACAGCUUUUUGUUUGUUCAUAGAAAAUUCUUCGCUGCGUUUUUGAUGGCUGGCUCUGAAAGCACUGUUUGGAGUAGAGGUAGAUGGAGGGAGCGAGGAACCGUGAAUGAACUCGCAGGCAGUGCUGGGUGGCCUCCCGGCUCUCUGCGUUUUGCCUUUAACACUAACUGUACUGUUUUUUCUAUUCACGUGUGUCUAGCUGCAGGAUGUAACAUGGAAAACAGUAGCUAAAGAUUAAAUUCAAAGGACUUUCAGAAGUUAAGGUUAAGUUUUUACAUUUAAUCUGCUGUUUACCUAAACUUGUAUGUAUAAUUUUUGGGAGGGUAUGGGGAGUUGCUUUGCUAAAAAUAAGCUCCCAGGGUGUUUCAAACUUAGAGAAGACCAAGGGACAGUAUUUUUUAUCAAAGGAAUCCUAUUUUUUCACACUACGUAAACUUGGUUGCUCUGAUACCCCAGAGCCUGAUUGGGGGCCUCCUGGCCCUGCCUAAGGGGCCAGGGCCCUGGUGCUGUGCUUGCUCUCCUGCUGUUGCCAGGGGCCAGAAGCUGGGGGGGCCUCUUGGGCCAAGGACACCCCCACCCCAUGCACGCUGUCGGCCCACCACCAAGGGGUCUUCAUUUCCAGGGAAAAAGAACUCCAAGAGGCAGCGGUGGCCAUGGCCCCAAACCUAGGUGCUCCAGGGUGGGCCAGCUGCUUGUGGAGGUUCCUGGGGAGGUCGAGGGACUCGACCACAUCAACCUGUUUUCUUUUUUUCCUUCUUUUGUGUUUUUUUUCCCCCCUCCUAAAAGGUAAUCAUGGUUUUUGAAACACUCAGUGGGGGACAUUUUGGUGAAGAUGCAAUAUUUUUAUGUCAUGUGAUGCUCCUUCCUCACUUGACCUUGGCCGCUUUGUCCCAACAGUCCACAGCCCCACCCCACCCCUUUUCUCUGGCGCUCCAGUCCCAGGCCUCUUGGGCCUGAAUGGCUGGAAAAGGUCUGGUGGUUGGGGAGGAGUGCCAGCAAUAGUUCAUAGUAAAAAUCUGUGGGCUCUCAAAGCUAAUUUUUUACUAAAGUUUUUAUACAGUCUCAAAUUGUUUAUUAAAAAAAAGAUUAAAAAUGGUGAUGCUUACAGCAGUUUGUACAAGCUCUUAGUGUUGAUUCCGUGGAACUGACGGCUUUGCUCAUUUUGAUCCCCCCCCCCCCUUUUCAUAACAGUUUAAAUUCUGUGAUUACACUGGGACUUCUUUUGCCUUUUUUAGCAGAACGUCCGUCCAUCCAUCUGCAUCUCUGUCCCAUGACUCAGGGGCACCCACUCUGCUUCGAUUCUCCUCCUUUGGAAGAAACUAUUUUGAACCUGAUUUUUCUUGACCAUCUGAGAGUCAUUUUGGGUACCUUUUAGGGAGGAAUGCCUUUUGCAAUAAUGUUUCCCAUCCCUGAUCCGGGGCGGGUGGGUGGACCCAGGCUCCCUUUGCACACCAGGCAGCCACUUCUAAGCCAUAUUGACAGUUUUGCAGAGGGUUUGUGUGUGCUGCUUCAGGAGGGGAGGGCCGGCAGUAGGGUCUGGGGGCCUGCACCCACCGCUCACUGAAGGGCGUUUCCCGUUACAGCUUCUCCCACAAGCCCGGCCCCACUCCCCUGCCCUGGUGCAGGAGGGUACUCUAGAGUGAGCACUACCCUUUUCAGGGGAGCCUGUAGGUGAGGGCUCAGUGGACCACUGUGACUGGGCCUGUGCCUCCAGGCCUUGGUCCAAGCCAGGGUUUCUCUGAUGCCCCAGAGUCAGGAGCACAAGUGGGAUCUGACCUGGUGAGAUUAUUUCUGAUGACCUCAUCAAAAAAUAAUUCCCAGUGUUCCAGGUGAGGGCCUUUGAAAGGCCUUCCAAACAGCUCCGUUGCCCCUAGCAACCCCACCAACGGGCACUGCCACGCAGAGACAUGGCUGGCCUAGAAUGGUCUGUUGCCAUAGCAACUGGAGGCAAAGGGGCAGUGAACAGAAUAACAACAGCAACAAUGCCCUUGCAGGCAGCCUCCUCCCCUGAGAGCCAGGCUGGCGAUGGCCGCUGGACUCUGUGAGACAGAGCCAAUCUCACUUUAAAGUGUUCACCAAUUACUGACGUGUUUUUAUUUCCUUCUGUAUGAUUUUAAGGUGUUUUCUGCAUUCUGUAUAGAAACAUAUCAAACUAAAUAAAAGCAGUUUCUUUAUUACAAUGC